AGAUGGAGAAGUGUGCCAUGAGCGAGUGGGGAGACUGGUCCGAGUGUUCGAAUCCAUGUGGGGAUGGAACCAAAGAGAGACGACGCAUGCUGAAGAACCCGAGCGUCACGGCUGACAUGUGUGACGAGCAGCUCGACGAAAGCCAGUCGUGCACAGGAGACUGCAGGGACACACGCCGGAAAAAGCUCAGGGAUAAUUUCGUGAUGCGCCAUGACGAGCAGAGAGAUCCCACUGACAUGUGUGCGGUCACUGGCUGGUCCGACUGGUCACCUUGCAGCGCCACCUGUGGGCUGGGAAUGAAGGAAAGAUGGCGAAUGUUUCUCCAUGGCACUGAGAAACGAAAGAAUUGUGGCAUGCACCUGAUGGAGAAAGAUUUGUGUCGAGGGGAGAUCUUCGACUGCCAGAAAGCCAUGAUGAUGAAAAACUUUACUGCAAUAUGUCAGCUGACCGCAGAUGUGGGGCCUUGUCGGGGAGAUUUUCCCAGAUGGUUUUACAACAGCAAUGUACAGAAAUGCCAGGUUUUUGCCUACGGAGGCUGCAGGGGUAACGACAACAAAUUUAACACAGAAGAGGAGUGUGUCAACUUGUGUGCUGAACAUAUGGGUGAGUAG